GAACUGCAGAUGCCUUCCAGGGAAGAGGUGGAUAGCUCUUGAGGCUGAAAGAGAGGAGGCAGUCUCUGAAAUAUCAACGGAGACGAUGUUUGCUGGUCAUGAAAGGCCAUUCCAUGUUGUUACUCCUGUAUUGGAGAGCGUGGCUUUGUCCCAGGCUGCUGGCAGCAGGGUCUACAUGAAGAUGGAAAACGUGCAGCCCACGGGCUCCUUCAAGAUCCGAGGCAUUGGCUAUUUCUGUCAGGAGGUUGCCAAGAAGGGGUGUCAGCACUUGGUUUGCUCAUCAGGUGGUAAUGCUGGCCUUGCGGCUGCAUAUGCUGCCAAAAAACUUGGUAUCCCAGCCACCAUCAUUGUGCCGGAAUGCUCUGCACCAUCCACAGUGAAGAAACUGGAGAAACUGGGAGCAGAGGUGGAGAUCUUUGGGAAGGUAUGGGAUGAUGCCAAUGACAGAGCCCUGGCGCUGGCCAAGGAAGGUGGCUGGGUCAACAUCCACCCCUUUGACCACCCAUCAGUGUGGAAAGGUCAUGGCAGCCUCGUCAAGGAGCUGAAGGACUCCCUGGAUGCCAAGCCAGGAGCCAUCAUCCUGUCAGUGGGAGGAGGCGGACUGCUGGCUGGUGUGGUGUCUGGCCUGCAGGAGGGGGGAUGGCUGGAUGUGCCCAUCGUUGCUGUGGAGACCAGAGGGGCGGAUAGCUUCAGCGCAGCCAUCCAGGCCGGUCGACUUGUCACUCUGCCUGAUAUAACCAGUGUGGCAAAGUGCUUGGGGGCCAAGACAGUGGCACAACGGGCAUUGGAAUGCGCCAGCGAGUGGCCAAUCAUCUCACAUGUGUUGGAUGAUGUAGAAGCUGUGAAAGCCGUGGAGCAGUUUCUGGAUGAUGAGAGGAUGCUCGUGGAGCCCGCCUGUGGAGCAUCUCUGGCCUUGCUGUACUCUGGCCACAUCCAGCGGCUGCAGGAGGAGGGACGCUUGAGCCGGACCUUGGACUCUAUUGUUGUCAUUGUGUGCGGAGGAAGCAGUAUCCAGAUGGAGGGGCUCUGGAACAUGAAGAACCAGCUGGGGAUGAAGUGAAGAACAGACUCUCUAGAAUAGCCAGCAGGUGGCAAGUACCUCUCCAGCAAGGAAACUUCAGUCUCCUUACAGAUUAGAUAAUUGCCGCUCCCAGUGGUUUUAUUGCCAUAUUUGGGGCUGGGAAGAAAUUUCACCCCUGCAAUUCUAAUUCACGAAUAAUCCUUUCUUAAUAUCAAGCCAUCAAGGUCCAACAUGGUGUAGUUCUUAAGCUUUAAUCCACUACUUUCCACCAAGGAUCAUGAAAUCCCCAAGUCUAAAAUAUACAUAAGAUAUACAUAAAAGUUCUGGUCAUUACUGUGAUUUUCUUAAACAGUAACACAAAUCCAAGAUGCUUAGGAGUUAUGAAGCCCCCUUGCAAAAAGAUCAGUGCUGUCUUUUGUGUUUGGGUGCUUACCAUCAGCAGUGCAGGAGGCAUAUUGUUUUUCUCUGAUUCUAAUGAUUUCCCUGGCAGUGGCCCAGGGAAGGCAGCUCUCAGCCAGUGCAAGCCAUGUGCAGAGCCUGGAAGAGGUGUGGUUCUGGCUUGUCCCUUCUCCUUUCCCCCCUCCUUUGUGGGGGUGGAGUCCUUCUUCCACUGCAAGUAGGAUGGACAGGGGCACCUUGUUCAAGGGCCCAUAGAACUGGACCCCUUGGUUCAAUGCACUUGAAACUCGGGAGAGUUUUUAGUGGACAGGCAGCCCCUCAGCAACUUUGGUGUCAUUUGGCUGAAAAACACCACUCCACACAUACCCAAGUCUACCAUAAGGAAUAAUGGCAGAGCUGCUGGAUGGGACAGGAUGAAGAGGUUCUUUGCAAAGGAAACCUUGCUCACUUUGUGAAAGCAAACCAACAGCAGACCACAACAAGGAAGGAGGGCGCAUAGAGAGGUAACUUUUUAAAUUGUGAGCCAGUCACUAUAACAGUAGAAAAAUGAAAUGGAUACAGGCAGGGGUUUUUUAUAUAAAAGUUUGUGGCUAGCUAGCACUCUCCGGCUAGGCCACCACUUGACCGCCAUUUUUCCUCCAUAGGAAUCAGUAGAGAGAAGUGUGCCUGAACUAUUGCCAGGUCCCCUUACCCCUCCCACCUGGCACUCACCUUCUUUUUCCGUGCAUGCUCCUGGGGCAGCAUGAUGAUGUCACUUCUGGGAAGUGAUAUGAUCAUCAGGACCCUGGGAACCCUCCUGCUCUUUGCAGUGGACUGAUUUGGGCUCCAAACAUCCCAGGAGUGACGUCACACCACCCCAGGAGUACACCUGGGAGGCCUGUUCCCUUGCCUUUCCACCUACUGGCCAGGUGAAUGGUGGUGGGGUGGUGGAGGGUAGGAGCUGGGGAUCCCCCAUCCCCACCAGGGGACCUGGGAUCCCUAGAACUAAGGCACCUACACUGAGGGUCUGUAAAACCGAAUGCUCAAUCUUUUUGAAAUUUGGGGAAUCUUUCAAUUAAGGAGGACUGUGUCCUGUGCAAAUUUGAAGCCAUUAUCUUUAUAAACAUCUGCCCCAGACCCUCAAAUACAUCCCCCCUUGAAAAUAAUGGACCUGAAAAGCCACAUGAAUUUGAAUCCUGAACCAGAAAUGUCCUACCUGAAAAUCAGCAAUCACAGUAACCUCCACAUCCAAAAUUAUAAUGGUUUUUUUUUUUUUGGAGUACACCCCUACCAGGUAGACAACAUGAUCAUGGAAUGCAAGGAAGGGAGGGGAUUGGAAGGAGCAUCUCCCAGCUGCUGUAAGGCCUUGUAGCAGAGCCCCCGCACUGCUCCUUUCUUGCAGGUAACUUUAUAAAGCUUGAGCUGGCCCAGAGGGACAAGCCCAAGGGGUCUUGGCCUUGGAAGUUAUCGCUUGGAGCUGGGAGGAAGAUCUGCUGUUGGGUGGGGGGAGUUCUGUAUUUGUAGGGUUGCCAGCCUCCAGGUGGUGGCUGGAGAUCUCCCGGAAUUAAAACUGAUCUCCAGGUGACAGAGAUCAGUUCCCCUGGAGAAAAUGGCGGCUUUGGAGGAUGGACUCUAUGGCAUUAUACCAUGCUGAGGCCCCUCCCCUCCCCAGACCCCACCCUCUCCAGGCACCACCCCCAAAAUCUCCAGGAGUUUUCCAGCCUGGACCUGGCAACCCUAGUAUUUGUAGGCCUUUUCUACCUUCUCUUGUUUGGUUGUUUCCAUUGUGUUUUUGUAAGCUGCUUUGGGUCUUUCUUGAGGAGAAAACGAGCAUAUAAAUAGUCCAAUGAAUAAAUAAGAAUAUCCCCUCCAAGCAGAGAAUAAAGACCUAAAUACAGCACUCCCGGCAACUUGAUGAUGCGUGUGCAUAGAAUCCAUAGAUCUCCAGCAUACAUCCAAUUAAACUCUUGCACCUUAUUGCCACCAGCCAAGUCAGCUCUGUAAUAUUAGGUUUGAUUCUUGUUUGCCAUGUGCCACAUUUUGAAGGGCAGAAACCCAGGACCAGGGAUUAUCCCGAGGAUAGGCAAUAAAAGCAACUGUUUGCUGAUGGCUGUGACAAACUAUUUUUAAGUUGAGAGAAGGAGCUGCCUAAAAUCUGGAAUGCCUCCCGUUUGCUCCUCAAACUUGUGAUUUCCACGGAAUGCCGUGGAAUGUGAAAAAAACCAUGGAAGAUAGUGUCUUCUUGCACUAGUUUUGCACGAUGUUGCACAAAACUUGCGUGAGAAGAUGCUAUCUUCUGCGUUUUUUUCGCAAUGUUCCGCAGCGUUCCGGAUGAAGGUGAGUAGUGUGGAAACGGCCCCUAUUAAUCCAAGUCGGUGCAACUCUCACUUCUUUUGGAGAUUAUUAUUUUUAUUCCUUUACAGAUCUUUGUUUCCCCUAGAUGAGUCACUUCUUGUUUCCCUCACCUAUUUGUGAAGCUACCAUUGUUUGGUGUGUGAAACCACAGGCUAGCAGCAGCUGUUACCUAUCGCCUCUGGUUUGUGGAGCGUGCUGGUACCAAGGCUUGUGUGUGGGGAGCAUGGGUCCUCAGCGCAUCACGCUUCUGCCAAGAAGGCAGCUGCCACUUUCCCAGAGAGGUGAAUGAAAAGCACAUUCUCCCUGUACUUAAAACCCUGGCUCCGGGAGCAGGGUAGGCUAAACCGGAUGGGUCCUCAGCAAGGAA